AUGGAUUUCUCAGUACCGACGAAUCUACGUUCGGACGUCCAAGCACAGCUUCAAGAACAUAUUCAGGAUUAUAAAGAUGGAAAUCUGACUGCCAAAGGUUAUCUCAAAAAACGUCAACAGCUCUUGGAAAAGAAUGGUGUCGUUGCUCCGGUUUCUUCUUUAGGAGGUAAUUCACCAUCAAAGAGGUUUCAUGGUAGAAACCAUAGUUUGGCGUCAACAAUAAGAAGCCAAAAUUUCGAUAACAUGUCCGUUUCCUCCACGGUUUAUGCAUCGCAGCAAGAAUCGCCGUCAUUUUACAGGGUCACAACGGUUAACUCAAGCUCACUCAACACCUCAAGCCCAGCAGGCAGUCUAGAGUUCAAAAAUGAAGACGGAACUACCCGAUAUAAGCCUAUGAUCCCAUUGCUUCCCAGAGCGAGUAGCGCGCCUAUGUCAGAGUCACUGCCCUCCAUCCUUAGGGCGCGAUCUCAAAUGUACGAAAAGGAAACUGCUAUGAUAAGUAUAAGCUCUAAAGGAAAAGAAAACUACAUAUCAUGGGAAAAACUGUAUCUGAGAGCGGCAAAAGUGGCCCACGAGCUUCAAAAGAACAAACUCUACAAGAUGGACAAAGUAUUAUUGUGGUACAAUAGAGAGGAAGUUGUGGAAUUUACCGUAUCCCUAAUGGGCUGCUUCAUUGCCGGCAUGGUGGCUGUGCCCGUUUCAUUCGAGACUUACAGUCUCAACGACGUUUCUCAGAUCAUUACGCUUACCGGCUCUAAGUUCGCAUUAAUAUCAGAGGAGUGUCUGCGGCAACUGGAUCAUUUACAUGUUAGUGGUAAUUCAAAAAUUAAACUGACAAAGAGUGGAUUCUUCUCACAGGUGACAUAUUUAAAGACAGAUGAUCUUGGCACAUACGCAAAGGCGCGGAAAACAACUCCUACUUUUGAUAUUCCCAACGUUUGUUACAUCGAGUUUACUCGAACGCCCUUGGGCAGACUAUCCGGUGUUGUAAUGAAGCACAAGAUACUGUAUAAACAGCUGGAAACAAUGACUUGCAUCCUUAACUCUAGAAGGAAAUCUCACUGGAAGAAAGGCGAUAUCAAAAGACCACAUAAAAGCAAAAAGUCGUAUUCGCAUUAUGUUAUACUUAACAGUUUAGAUCCAACAAGAUCAACUGGUUUAAUUUUAGGUGUCCUGUUCAAUAUUUACUCAGGUAAUUUACUGCUGACUGUCGAUGAUCGGUUGUUGCAACGUUCUGGAGGCUACGAAAAUAUAAUCAAUCGUCACCGAGUUGAUAUUCUACUAAAUGAUCAAUUACAAUUAAAACAAGUGGUUAUAAAUUAUCUCGAAAAUCCAUCUUUAGCCAUUUCAAAGAAAUCUAAAAUUGAUUUUAGCUGCAUAAAAUGGUGCUUGACAUCAUGUACCACUAUUGAUACCGAAGUAACAGACAUGAUCGUCCAUAAGUGGCUCAAAAAUCUAGGUUGUAUGGAUGCUUCACAAUGUUACUCCCCACUUCUUACAUUAUUAGACUUCGGCGGUGUUUUUAUUUCAUUAAGAGACCAGCUAGGCAAACUGGAUAAUUUCCCAGUUCACAACUCCAAAUUGAGAUUUCAAGACGAAUUAUUUAUAGACAAGGAAGAGUUGAAAGAAAACAUUGUCAAACCAAGUAUCACGGCAAUGAUAAACUCCUCCAGCUCUACCAAAGACUAUCUGAGAGUUUCGAGCUUCGGGUUUCCGAUUUCUGACGCUACUUUAUGCAUUGCAAAUCCUGAUGACCAUACUUUAGCUCCAGAUUUAACUGUAGGUGAGGUAUGGAUUUCCUCUCCUAGUAUUACUGAUGAGUUUUAUCAAAUGGAAAAGAUCAACGAUUUCGUUUUUAAAGCUAAGUUGAAUUUCAAGAGAAUGUUCGACUUGUGGCAAAAAACCUCUACGGAAAAUGAUCAAAAUAUGGAACAGUCGGCUGAGCGAAUAAGCAUGAUCAUGAGUGUCUGCUCUCCGCAAACUAAUUUUGUUAGAACGAAACUUAUGGGUUUUGUUCACAAUGGUAAAAUAUAUAUUUUAUCACUGAUUGAAGAUAUGUUCCUCCAAAAUAAGCUUAUUAGACUUCCAAAUUGGUCUCAUACUUCGGACAUUACUAGAGCUAGGAAGAGCGAGACGUCUUCGACAGACCUAUCUAAAAACAACCUGAAGAGCUUAAAAUCCAAGCGAGUUGUUCAAACAUAUUAUUUGCAACACGUCACCGAGAAUAUUGUGAGAAUGGUGGACAGAGUUUCUGAACUAUCCGUUUUUGAGCUUCCCUACAACAAAUCCGAACAUUUCUUGAUAAUGGUGGUCGAAAGCUCAUUGGCUAGUAAUAGUGCUUUAUCACCUGGACAAACUGUGUUGGUUCCAACCGCACAACAGAAAGAGCAAGCUGAGAAGAAAUUGAAUGGUCUGGUCGAACAGAUUUAUAAAAUUCUAUGGAUUUUCCAUAAGAUUCAGCCAGUUUGCGUGCUAGUCGUACCACCAAGAUCAUUACCCAGGAGAUAUUGUUCCCUUGAAAUUGCGAACAGCACUGUCGAGAAAAAGUUUUUGAGUGGUGAACUAAAUUCCAAAUUUGUCAAAUUUCAGUUUGAUAACGUUAUAUUGGAUUUUAUCCCGCACUCAAGUUAUUACAAUGAAAGCAUAUUUUCGGAACGUUUGUCUUCACUCAGACAUACAGCUGUGGCUGAACGUAUCUACACGGCUACUGGUGCCUCUCCUGAAAUCACCUGGCAAACCUCAGGGAUCGACUACAGAGAGGAAUCUUUGGACUCGAGAACAAAUAAAAACAUGACAACAUUUUCAAACAUCAUGGAAAUUCUAGAAUGGCGAACAAAGACACAAGGAGAUGAUUUCGCAUUCAGUGAUGGUGGUAGCACUAAUUCAUCAGGUGCAGGUGGCUCGAAUAACAUCCAUAGUAAAGUCUCUUGGCGAAGCUUUUUCGCGAUCAUUGGUUCUUUCGUCAAAAAAAUUGUUCAAUCGAAGACACCACUCAAACGAGGAGAUCAUGUAAUAGUUCUUUGCGAUAAUUCUGUUGAGUAUGUCGCCAUGGUCCUGGCUUGCUUCUAUUGCAAUUUUAUUGUCAUCCCGAUUUCUGGACUCCAUGAAUCAAAUCCCAUUGAAGAGAUAUCUUUUCUUAUGAGCGUGGUUAGAAACUAUAAAGUUAAGAGGAUAUUUGUAGAUUUCCGAAUGAAUAGCCUGCUAGAAGAUAAUCCUGCUGUUAGCAAGGUCUUUAAAAAAUUUCGGAGCGAACUACCUAAAAUUACAGUGUUCUCCAAGAUCAAGAAGAAAACAGAUAGCAAGCAGAGUUCUUUCAAAGAGUACCUCAAGGAGAAGUUAGGGGUUCAAGCUAACAGUUCUCCUCUAGGACAACCAUGUGUGAUUUGGAUUGACCGCGAGGUUGACACGUGUCGCGAUAUUAACGUUGCAAUGAAUCACACAAUCCUAUUAAACCUUUGCAAAAUUAGCAAAGAAACGUUGCAAUUAACUAGUGACAAUCCUAUAGUUGCUUUAUGCUCUCACACGACUGGAUUAGGCUUUGUACAAAGUUGUCUCUUGGGGAUUUAUGUUGGAACUACCACUUGUCUUUUCAGCCAAAAUGACGUGAAACGGGACCCAAAGGAUUUCUUAAUAGGCCUUCAAAACUUAAAUGUUAAAGAUUUGAUGCUGAGUCCCGAUAUGCUUUAUCUUGUUCUUGACAAGGCUAAUACUAUCAUAAACUCUGGAAAAACUACGUUGCCUAACAAGAAAUCCUCCUCGAAAACGCUCUUACGCCCAGACUUUUUGAGAAGUAUUCAAAAUUUGAUGAUUCCAUCCAGAGGGCGGCCUCGCAUACAGGCCAUUCAAAACUUGUUGAAAAGAUAUCCGUCGAUAGCAAUUAACGCAACCCAAUUGAAUUAUGUAUACCAGCAUAUUUUCAAUCCCAUGAUCUCUUUGAGGUCCUAUUUGGGUAUUCCCCCAGUUGAUAUAUAUUUGGAUCCGGUUUCGUUAAGGGAAGGCAUGGUCAAAGAAAUUGAUCCCCUUACUGUAUCCUCAGCUGAACUUCAGAAGUGCAUACACUUGCAAGAUUCAGGAAUGGUACCGGUAUGCACAGAUGUCUCCAUUGUAAAUCCCGAGACACUUCAACCUUGCUAUGAGAAUGAAAUCGGUGAAAUAUGGUGCUGCUCGGAGGCAAAUGCCUAUGAUUAUUUCAUGAGCCCUAUCAUAUCGUCAUUAACAGCAGAAAAGAGGGCUCAACGCGCCCAAUCAAGUAACAAGGUAACCAAAGACCCAUUCAUCUCGGCUCAAUUCAAGGCCAAAUUCCGUCAGGAAAUCGACAAUGGACUUUCAUACUUGCGUACAGGCGAUCUCGGGUUCAUCAAGACAGUUAGAUGUACUGAUGCUCGUGAUAAUGUACUUAAUUUAUCACUAUUGUACGUUUUGGGAAGCAUCAAUGAGACUGUUGAAGUCUUAGGAUUGACCCACUUCGUUUCGGAUCUCGAAAUGACGGUAAAGGCUGCGCACGCCUGUAUUGCUAAUUGUCUGAUUGCCAAAAUUGGUGGACUGCUAAGUUGCUUGGUGGAAUGUAGGAACAGCCGAAAACUGGAAUACUCGAAUCUGACACCUCUCAUCGUCGGCGCGCUCCUAAGAAAUAACGGUGUCGUAGUAGAUCUAUGCUGUUUCCUCAAGCCUGGUUCGCUCAACAAUUUAUCCAAGGAUUGGCAUCAGAACCGCGUUACCAUUCUGUCCGACUGGUUAAACAAGAAGUUAAAUCUCGAUGCCCAAGUUGGCGUUAAUUUCGGCGAGAAUUAUUCCAUAUACUUAUUGUCAGAAUUCGAGAAAGACAUAUAG